UAAAUGAGCACAAAAGCCACAAAAUUAUCAACAUAACCGCCCCAGUAACAACAGCAAAAAUGUUUAAAAUAACACAGGGCGAAGUGGAUACGAAACAUUUUAUAAUGGCUUAUCCAAAAAAACAUCAUCAACAACAACAACCGCAAAGGCAACAACAAAAAGGGAUAGCCAUUAAUUGGUUGUCAAGUGGAAAAUCAGGAAAAGUUAAUCUAAGCACCUCAGCCAGCACCAAAGAGUCAUCGCAACCGCAGCGCAUUCAAGUCAGCAACGUACAGUCAAGCAACAUUAAAGAUAAGCAACAAUCGCCUGCACCAGCAGCAACAACCGUAACAGCAAGAGCAAUAUCCAAAAGUGCCUUUAUUGAAGUAUUGACAAUGUCACAGCAGCAGCAGCAUCAGCAGCCUGAACAUCAGCAGCAUCCCCAACAACAAAAGCAACGUACUGAAGACCAAGAAAAUGCCUUUCGACAGAUUGAAGAUGUGCACAAUUAUGCCAAACUCCAAACUGACGAUGGAGGUGAGGUUGAAGAUGAUGAGGAUGAUGACGAGGGGGAGGAUGAUGAUGAAGAGGAUACUGAAUUGCAUGUGCAUGUCGAUGAUGAUGAUGAUCAUGAUAUUAUUAUUAAGCAAACACACAAAAAGCAUAACGCUAAUGUGCCCAUUAGCUCCAAGCAAGGCAACGAUGAAGAUUCGGAGGAGCAUGUCGAAGUCGAUGUUGUCACAGUGCCACCGGCCUUACCACAACAACAACAAGAACAACAAAUGCAAAUGCUGCAGCAAUCAAUAACUGUUGAACAGUAUAUGCGGCCAGAGCAUCAUGCACGCCGUCCCAUGAAUGCAUUUCUCAUAUUCUGCAAACGCCAUCGUGCCAUUGUCAAGGAGCGCUACAAGUCCUUGGAAAAUCGAGCAAUUACUAAAAUCCUGGGGGAUUGGUGGGCCGCACUGGAUGAGUUGGAGAAACAAUGUUUUACCGAUCUGGCACAACAGAACAAGGACGCCUUCUUCAAUGCCAAUCCCAACUUUAAAUGGUACAAGUUGCCAGCUCCGCCCUUGCGCACGCUUGCAACGCGUCCCAGCAAUGCAGCCACCACACAGCUAACUGAGGACCAACAACAACAACAGCUGCUGCAGCAGCAGCAGCAACAACACCAACAACAGCAAUUACAUUGGGAGUCAACUGAUGUUGCAUUCAAGUUUGCAGAUGAGACGCAAAUGGGUGAAUUGAGUGCAUUGCUAAGUGGCAGCAAUAAGGGAAAUAAUUCGCAAUACAAGGACUACGCGCUGCAGCAGGCUCUGAGCGAAACCUCACAGUUUAUGAGCCAUGCCAUGCCAUGUAAAACCAACAACAAUAAUAAUAACAAUCGUAACAACAGCAAUAAGCGCACCACACAAGUCCGUGUGGUAGACAGCGCCAGUAACUCCAGCGAGGAGGGCGAACGCGGCUCGCCGAGCAAAAAGAUGAAAACAUCACGAUCGUGCAAGGGCAAGAUCUAUCAGGAGCUCAUUAACUCAGGCCAAUUAGCCGCUGUGGCCAAAAAGAGCAACAAGUGCCGUCUUAACAGCGGAGGCAGUGGCAGCGGCAGCGGCACCUUGGACGCCAACAGCAACACGCCGCCUAUAUCACCAACAACAGCACCCACAGAUUGCCAACUGUUGGAACUGGCGUUGGGCAACAACAACGCUGCUGCUGUCAGCAACAAUUGUGACGUAAAUGUUGCUGCGGCUGAUUUUGAUUUGGAGGAACGCAUUAAAGAGCUGCCAGCACUGAGUCUGGAUUCGUAUUUGCAGCGCAAGCGCAGCACCAAGAAAAAGAAGAAGUUUACCAGCAGCAAAAAGGUGCGCAACUCGAAUAGCAGCAGCAGUGCCACAGGCACGAGCGGCGCAAUCACCACCACUAAAGGUGAGCAGCAGCAGACGCCCCGGAAUAGCAACAACAGCAAGCAAAUAUAUGAAGUCAUGCGCGCCAGGGCAGCGGCGGCUGCAGCAGCCGCUGUGGGCAGUCAGAAACGCAAGGCGCGCAAAGAGAGCAUUACACGUCGCGAUGUCAGCGCCAUUGAGCUGGAGGUGGCCUCCAUAUUGCCGUUGACAAUCAACGGUUGCUACUACUUUAAUCAGUCACAGGUGCAGUCGAAUUCGCAGCCUGCCACAGUGACAACAACGGCCACAACAGCAGUUGCUAUAGCAGGCCAGGAGAACAGUGUGUUGUCAUCACCAUUGUCCUCAUCAUCAUCGUCCUCAGCGUCUGUGUAUGAGCAAGCCAACUACGAUGUCACCUCUACCUCAGAUCUACUCAUUUUAGCCGAAGUUGCUGCCAAUAGCACUGAGCUGAGCAACUCGAACUAGCAAAAGGCUGUGCAGCAUCAACUGAUCAGACUACAACUUCAACUCCAACUCCAACUCCAACGGCAAAGGCAAUCCACAUCCACACCCGUGCCCACUUUAUUUAACAAUCACCAGCACUUGUUGUUAGUUAUUAGGCGACCCGCAGCAAAUAAUUGAAAAUUGUUUUUUUUUUGCGGGUGUACUUAUGUUUGGUAAUUGUUAUUGUUUUAAAUUCUUUGAUAACGAUUGAUAUACAUAUAUAGAUAUAUGUAUACAUACGUGCGCCAAGUGCCUGUGCUGUAACUAUAGCUGUAAAUCGAGACUCUCACCAAUACACACAUACAAACGUGUGCUAGCAGCAGCAUGUGAAGAGUACAUAGAGACAUUCGUUGAUCUACAAUUUAGUCAAUAUUUUAUGUAAAACACACAACACGUAUGCAACAAAAGCAUCCAAAAAAAUCAAACAAACAUGCACACACAU